AUGAACAGCACAAUGCUGCCUCUGGACAACAUUACAGCCAACAGCAGUCUUUGUACAGUGGAACCCCAGCAUAUCUCCAUCACUGUUUUCCUCCUCCUGGUCUUCCUGGUUGGUUUCUUCCUCAACAGUUUCAGUCUGUGGGUCUUCUGCUGCCGUAUACCACAGUGGAGCUCUGGUGCCGUCUUGCAGUUUCAUUUGGCUGUCAGUGAUGCUAUCAUCACACCAGUUGCACCAUUUAUGGCAACAUACUUUGUCAUGGGUAGCCACUGGCCCUUUGGAGCUUUUCUGUGCAAGUUGAAGAUUGCCCUGCUGAUCAUUCACUUUUAUGGCAGUAUCCUGUUCCUCACACUCAUCAGCAUUCAUCGAUAUGUGGCAGUGGUCCAGUUUAAACAAGGCUCCUGCAUGAAACGAAAGGCGUUUGUUCAGAAGCUGUGUGCUGGAGUCUGGCUGGUUUUGCUGGCUAAGGGGAUUGCCUGUUUCUACUUCUUUAACACAGGCCAAGUGGGAAACCGCACACAAUGUCUUAGCAUUCAUCAGCGAGAUUACAUUGAGACUUACUUUGCCAUCAACUUCGUUUUGCUCACCCUUGGGUUCCUAAUGCCUUUCUCAGUGGCAGUGACGUGCUAUGUUCAGAUAGCAAGAUCAGUGUCUCGUAUCAAUAUCAACACGUUUAAGGGCCAUGGUAUUAAGGCCAAGUCCCGUAAAAUGGUGGCCAUGUGUCUGGUGAUAUUUGGACUGUGCUUCAUGCCUUUGAACGUGAUACGCACUGUGGCUGUCGUGUUAAAGAAGUACUUUCCAGAACAAUGCAUCCUUCUGCAGGUGGAGACCUCAUACUAUUUUUCCUGGAUUUUGGCUGGAGCAAACUGCUGUCUGGACCCAUUGCUUUACAGUUUUGGAUCACACAAUUUUGUCAAGGCUAUUCAUAGGUCUCUCAGAAAAUUUGAUGUCAAGUUCAAAGAAGACCCUGCCACAAAUGACCAGAUCAGCUACAAUGCUGCUAUUGAUUCUCCCUCCAUUGUAUUAGAACACAAGGAAAACAUGUCCACACCCAGCAUUUGA